AUGUUCCCCCGGAAUUCGUCUCGGCCGGUGACCGCCCGCCCGGCCCGCUCCGACUCGCAGCCGCCCGUCGCCCGCUCAAAGGUUGUCUCCAACCGCACCCGCAAUGCCUCGCCCACCACCGUCCGCACCACUCGGGUGGCCACUCGCCGCGAUGAUCUCCCUGCUCCUGUCCCGCUGAAGCGCACUCCUUCCACCAAGAGCGCCCCCAGCGUCCUUCGCACCAACGUUAUCUCGCCCACCUCGUCGCUCAUGUCCAGCUCGCCCAAGCCUUCCACGCCGCCCAAGCGUCCUUCGCCCUCGCUGCCCAGAGCCGCCUCUCCUCACAAUCACCUUAUCGGCCGUGGCGAGGUCGUCGUCGUCACCUCCAGGCGCACCUUCACCAUCAAGUGCCUGCGCGAUGCCACUGUCGCCUGGACCUUCCAGUCCGCCAACUUGCUGCUGCCUCCCGCCGAGCGCCAUCCGCUCAUUGCCGUCAAGCCCGACGGCACCUUUGCCUCCGACGAGGACAAGAUCUUCCAGGUCUGCAACGACAACAAGGUCGUCUUUGCCAUCACCCACAGCGAAAAGGCCAGCAACCCCUUCCGCUUCCAGUGGAAGAACGCCGAAGUCACCGACGACAUCCCCUCUGUCCCACCCGAGGAUCUGGUGGCCCCUCGUCCCCUCUCUGUCCUCGAGGACUCUGGAAAGCAGCGUCGCCGGCGCACCGUCGUCAGCCAGAGCAAGGCCGGAGACGUCCUCAUGACCCAGGGCGGUGAUGAUCUCGACGACGACUCGUCUGCUCCUCCCCCUCCUUCCAUCACUGCGACCCCGCUCUCGUCUUCUCCCCCCACCGAACGUGUCUCGAGGAUCCCUCGUCCCACUCUUCCCCAGCGCACUGCCGCCUCCAAGCUGUCGGAAGACAUCACCAGCGAGCUGAGUUCGCCUCGAACGACCGAGCCGCCUGCCUCGGCGCUCUCAUCGCGCCGCUCAGACUCAGAGACCCUCGACAGCUCGCGCAAGAAGCUCUCCGGCAGCUUCUCAGAUGACGCCUCCGUCACGUCCAUUGCUUCAUCAGAUGAUCGGCGCUCGUCAAGAGCAUCGGCGCUCGAUAUGGUCAUGAGUAUGGCUUCGGAACUCAAGUCGGAAGCCCCGGCAUCGUCAUUUAAACCUAAUCGUAUGUCGCGCAUCUCGGCCUUCGAUAUCAUGGCUCUCAAGCUGGGCGACGAUAUCAAGAAGUCCCCGUCAGAGCUCCCGUCGCCGGAGCAGACCACGCGCAUCUCGCGCGCCUCGGCCAUCCACAUCCUCUCCACCAUGGACGAGCCCCAGGAUGCCCCUCCCGUCAUUCGAUCCAACCGAAUGUCGAGAGUGUCUGCCAACGAUAUUUUCUCGGACCUCUCUGGUGGAUCGCGAAGAAAGUCUGCCAUCGAGGCCCUGACACUCAUUGGCGAGGCUGCCCGCGCCAUGCAGGACGAUGCUGACGACGAUGAUGACGAUGACGACGGUGCCGCUACAGACAUCAUUGCGUCGGUGAAAGCAAAGGCACAGCCGAUUAUCCUCAGUGCUGCUGCUGCCGUCGCUGCUGCUGACCAUGCUAAGCCCACCCCUGUGGUCGUGGAAGCCGAACCAGAAGAAGCGAUUCGUCCUUCCGACGAGCCCGUUAUUGUCAAGCCUGUUGCGGUCAAGCCCGCAGUCACCGAGCCUGUUGUUGUCGAGGCUGCUGCAACGCCAACCCCCGAGGUCGUCCUGGCCACCCAUGUGUCGUCAUCAUCGAGCAUGCUCAAAGUUGGCGAUGUCGAUGUCCCCGUCGCAUGGCUCAAUCAAGGCCCGAUUCCUGGCUGGAUGGAAGACCUGAUACCGGAGCAAGCCAAGGCCGCCGCGCCCGCUCCUGUGCCUGUAGCGGCUCCUCAAAUUGCCCCCGCUGGACCGCCGCCGCCGCCUCCACCUCCCCCGGUCAUGCAGUUCCCUUCGUCGGCGCCCCCGCCGCCACCGCCGCCACCCCCUGUUAUGCAGUUCACUUCAUCGGCACCUCCUCCUCCUCCUCCUCCUCCGCCUCCGCCAAUGAUGUUCUCAGGAUCAGUACCGCCUCCCCCGCCUCCGCCGCCACCACCGCCGCCGAUGGCAGCCACAGGAUCGAUUCCUCCUCCGCCACCGCCCCCUCCUCCCAUGAUGGGCGGCCCGCCUCCUCCCCCUCCGCCUCCCCCACCUCCAAUGAUGGGUGGUGCUGGAGGUCCGCCGCCACCGCCGCCGCCGCCGCCUCCUCCGAUGAUGGGUGGUCCUGGUGGUCCGCCGCCGCCGCCACCACCUCCUCCGCCGAUGAUUCCUGGCGGUCCUCCACCUCCGCCCCCGCCUCCACCAGGAUUCGGUCCUCCGCCUCCCCCGCCGCCUCCAGGAGGCUUUGCAGGGGCGCCUGCAGCCCCCGCACCUGCACCGCCAAAGCCCUCGGGUGAUCCCAUGGAGGAGCUCCGUCGCGCCAUCCAGGGCGGCGUCAAGCUGAAAAAGACCAAGGUUGCGGAGCGGCCCAAGUUCAACGAGCCCAGCGCCACCGAGAAGGCUGCCCAGAUCGCUUCCCAGCGCCAGGAGUGCUUUAUUGAGCUGCUGGGGUAUAUGGAGGCGCCAAACGGCAACGUGGAGGAGCUUGGUGAGAAGUGCAAGAGCUCAACCAACACCGCCCGUGGCUUUGUCUUUACCCUUGUGCGCAAGGGCUGGGUCAAGGCUGUGCGCAUCGUCGACGACAAGAAGAAGGCCGGCCCCAAGGUCUCGGUCUGGCCCGGACGCGAGUGGACCAGCAGCAUCGAGCUCGAGGACGCCGUCGAGGACGACAUCCGCGACAUUGGCGAGGGCGGCCUCGUUGCGCGGGUGCACAUGUACCGCUUCGACGACAAGGUGCGCAAGCACGUUCUGGACGAGCUCGCCCUGACCAAGACCCGCAAGUUCCCCAAGCCGCUGGCGCCGUUCAUCGAGCCCGAGCCGCCGCAGGACAACAGUCUCGAAAACCGCAAGAAGUGGGAGGCCUGGAACAUCCGCAAGCUCGAGCACCAGCAGUCGGACUACUCGCAGUUCGAGCUCAUCUUCCAGAAGCUGCUGGUCACCGACAUGAUCAUCAGCGGCACCUUCAACCAGCUGGAGCAGACCCUGAUUGAAAUGAAGCAGAUGGCCGAUGCCCUGACCAGCACCUUUGAGGGCUUCUCGGUCGCCAAGAUCCGCAAGAUUGUGGACUCGAUUCCCUAUCGCAUCGCCGAGGUCGCCCGCAGCAUCCAGAAGCAGAGCGGCAUCAUCAUCCGCGACGAGAACCUGAAGCUGACGCCGGAAUUCCUGAAGCAGAUGAACCUGGUGCCGGACGAGGUCAAGCAGCCGGCCGAUGCCAAUGCUAAUGCCAAUGCCAACGCCAAUGCUGCCCCAAGGACCACGCCGGCCCAACCCGCGGCAGCACCAGCUUCGGCUCCUAUUCCUGUUCCUGCUCCUGCUCCUGCUCCUGCCCCUGUCCCUGCCCCUGUCCCUGUCCCUGUCUCUGCUCCCGUGCCCGUGCCGGCGCCCGCUCCAGUCGAAACCAAAGAUGCCGCACCCAAAGAACCUGCCACCAAGGCCACACCCGCCGCCGAGUCCGCCGCCAAGGAGGACGGCGAGACAGAGAAGCCAGCCAAUGCGCUCUCCGUCAAGCUGGACCCGCAGUUCAAAGCCGACCUGAACCCGAGCGGCAGCAUCACGAUGGCCGGGGUGCCUCUCGACGUCCUGCUGCCGCUCCUGAAGAAGUCCUAUGGACUCGGUCCGCAGGACAAGUCGAUGCGGCGCCUGACGAUGUAA